CAUCUAUCAAAUCUGAUUUUCUAUCAUCUCACUAGCCGUGACUGAUCCACAACUUCCUCCCAGGAAUCAAGCAAUUUUUUUUUUAAUUUUUUUGAUGAGUGGAAUAUAAAGCCGUUCAAAAUCUCCGACCUUGAUGCCGCCGAGAAGCAGCAAGCUUCGUAUAAGCGGAAAUGGAGGAAAGCGUUAACGAUUCAAAUUAGAUCCGUAGCCGAAGGCCCUGCACGCAGGAAUGGGUUCUAUUUAUUUCAGCGCUCAGUUGAAGGUACUCUCAUCUUCUUUAUGUUAUCAGUUCAGUCUGAGAGUAGUAGUGAUCUUGAGCGUUUCUUGAAAUUCCUCCAGCGCCACGGAAGACUAGUCGUUGGUAGCCUUCGCCUCUCUUCACUUUUGCAAACAGCCACCGCCACCGCGCUUCCGCUUACGCCGUCAGCCACAAUGAUCGGGCUGGUGAAUUAUCUUCGCAAGUAUCUGCAUGAACCUCCAAUCAAGCCCCCCGCUUCCGAAUUUCGCAUUUCUGACAUUUGUUUCCAUUCUACCACCUUUAAAAAUCCCUGCUUUCCAAUGGCUGCCGCCCUCUUGAACGCUAACCGAACCCCACCUGCCGCCAGAAUCCCACACACGGAAUACGCCGCUGACGACCGAUCAUCACGUAAGGUCAAAUUCCUCUGCAGCUUCGGCGGCAAGAUCAUGCCCCGUCAAAGCGAUGGCGCCCUAAGCUACGUCGGCGGACUGACGCGGAUUAUAGCAGUCCGCCGUGAUUCCACUUUCAAUGAGCUCUGUAGCAAGAUGGAAGAUGCCUAUGGCGGCCCUGUCGUGAUCAAUUACCAGCUUCCGGAUCAAGAAGACCUCGAAAGCCUUGUCUGCGUCUCUUGUGCUGAAGAUAUGGAAAAUAUGAUGGAAGAGUAUGAUCGCCUCUCACAGGCCUCUGGAGAUCGAUCCGCCAAGCUUCGAGUCUUCCUCUCGUCACCCUUUGACAUGGAGAGUCAUAGCGAGCCUGCUUUUGAGGCAGAUCCCCGCAGAGCACAUCGGGAAGCUAAAAUGAAAAACGUCACCUUUAAGCUGAACUCAGAUGCCGAAGGUGAUGGAUUCAUCAAUGAAGACACGUCUACUACCAAUCUUUUAGCUGCUCUUUACGCAUCAAGAUUUGUGGAGAAUGACAGCAAUUCAGAGUUGGAGUAUGAGAGAUUUCCGGCUCAUUUAUCUCUUGAUUGCACAACAAAUGUGGCUACUCAAACUGUCAAUCAACCAUCUGUUGGGAACAAUAUUGCUUCUACGUCCAAAGCGCCUCACCAGGAAGCUGAAAGAUAUGGCUUGGAUCCGUUACAACCACUGCAAAAAGAACAGGGUCUAAGAUUAGAGAAGUUUGAAAUGCGUCAGAAAGCACCGAUUCGUUUUGAUCAUUUUGGAGCAGAUCGGAUGAACUUUAUUCCCAUGGAAACGCUUGAGGAGGAGGAUGCGCAAAGUUUCGGUCCUUCACAACCUGUUCAAAUGGGCUUGUUUGGAGACGCUCAGACAUCUUUUGCAGCACCAUUAGUAAAUACUUCACAGCUUGAUCAUGUGACUUCUUUGGAGCAGCAACAACAACAAUGGUCUCAAAAAAGCUGCAGGAGAGUCUAAUUCAUACUCCAC